GGGACAUGUCUGAUGUCAGCAUGAGUCGGCAGCAGAGCGGGCCAGCCAUGGAAAGCGCUGCUCAAUAGACCGAUAGAUCGAUAUAUAUAUAUAUCUUAUAUAGCUACAUCUAAAUAAAUAGGUGGAUGUCAGCGGUGUGUGAAGCAGAAGGCGACAGAAGACGAGGAGGAGAAACAUGAGUCGGCAGCAGCAGCAGUCCCAGGGAGUGGUUUUAACGGGUUACCACAGCAACGCGGAACUGUUGCCGAAAACUGGACCGUGUGCCCAGGACCACGAGCCCACCGUGCCCAGCCGUAGAACAGGCCACUACACCGUUCAACAGAACCAGAGCGCACAGCAUGAAGACAGAUCUGGGCUUUCUACAACCAACAGCAGCACCAAACCCCCCGGCACCGACCCGCCAUCACUACUCGCUCACCCCAGGCUGCAGUCCUCCUACAGCCCCAAGCCGGGCUCCAGCCCCAAGCCGGGCUCCAGCCCCAGACACAGUCCUAAUCCCAGUUCCAGGUCCAGACCGCGGCCACCGUGCCAGCGCAGCAACUCUCAGGACUCUCUGGACGAGCUGGAGAUGGACGACUAUUGGAAAGAGGUGGAGAAUAUCACCAGCUCGGGGGGAGAAGCGGCGAAGGGAGAAGGUGGAGAAGGAGGAGAAGGGGAAACGCAAGAGGAGCAGCAGAAGAUUCCUGAGGAAGGCGAACAGGAGGAGGCGUGGCUUACAGAGGCGGGACUAGCACGGCUGUUUGAUAAUUCACUGGCGGCUGACCAGGAUCAGGAAGAAGACAACGCCGUGUUCCUGUCCACUCUGACCAGAUCUCAGGUGGCGGCGGUAGAGCGCCGCGUGACAUCACUACAGCAGACGUUGCUGCGGCGACGCAACCGGCAUUGUGUUCCUGAUGUUCGGGAUAUAUUCAGACCUCCUGAAAAAGACGAGGAGCCGAGUAAACUCAAAGAGGGAAGUGAGAACGGAGAAAAAGAUGUCCCUCCAGCUGAAGUGGAGACGGAGCUCAACGUCGACGUGGCGUUCUCGGAGCAGGCGCUCACCUACAGGGACAACCACCAGAGGUUAAAGGUCACCGCGAGCCCGAACUCACCUGACGACAAACUACCGAACUUUAAGCUGCUCCGAGACAAAACCGGUCAGACCAGAAUAGGAGAUCUGUCUCCUCUGGAUAUGAAAAAGGUGCGAAGGCUGGUGCUGGUGGAGUCGACUGCUCUGUUCGACACAGCUGGAAUCGACCUGAAGGCGCACAAAGCUGUCAAAGUCAAGACUAAAGAAAGUGGUGUUUUUGGCGUCCCCCUUGUCACUCUACUGGAUCAGGACCAGAGGCGGACUGCUGGGACAAAAGUGCCUUUCAUACUGCAGAGACUGAUUACUCAUAUUGAGCAGGAAGGAUUGGACACAGAGGGGCUGUUACGGAUCCCUGGGGCGGCCAUCAGAGUCAAGUCGCUGUGUCAGGACCUCGAGUCCUCUUUCUACGACGGGGCGUUUCAGUGGCAACAGCUGAAGCAGCACGAUGCCGCCAGCCUCCUGAAGAUGCUCAUCAGGGAGUUGCCCCACCCGUUGCUGACCGUGGAGUACCUCAACGCAUUUAUUGCCGUCAACAAGCUCCCCACAAAGAAGCAGCAGCUGCAGGCUUUGAACCUGCUGGUCCUUUUGUUACCGGAGGCCAACCGGGAUACCCUGAAGGCACUAGUGGAGUUCUUCAAGCGAGUGAUCGACCACCAGGACAAGAAUAAAAUGACUCUCAACAACGUCUCGGUUGUCAUGGCACCCAACAUCUUCAUGUUCAAAGGCUUUCGAUCCAAGGUGACGGAGCAACAGGAGUUCUCCAUGGCAACCAGCACAGCCAACAUCGUCCGGCUGCUGACUCGAUACCAGAACCUUCUUUGGACGAUCCCCAAGUUCAUCAUGACCCAGGUCAGACAUCAAAACAUGGAAAGCCUUCGGAAACAAAAUAAAGAGCGAGCUGUGAGAAAGCUGCUGAAGAAGAUUACCACCGAGAAACCGACUGAAAAAGCCGUCCCUGAGGAGAGUUCACAGGGAUUCAUUCGAGUUCAGGCACCGCAGUUCAGCAAAGUGUCCAUGGCGGUGCAGCUCACAGAAGAGUUGCAGGCUGCGGACGUGUUGACGCGCUUCCUCAGCCAGGACAGUUCGGUGGCGGUGAAACGGGAAGAGCUGUGUCUCUAUGAGACAGGUGGAAACAUCAAGGAGAGAUGUCUAGACGGUGAAACGUACAUGAAGGACCUCUUCCAGCUGAACCCGACAGCCGAAUGGGUCAUCAGAGCCGUGCAGCGAUGAACUCCUUCCUACCGUCAUGGACCUGCUGGACAAUGGACUGACCCACCUGUGUCCCACCUGGUUCUCUGUGGUUUCUGGAUGCACUCGCACCAUUAGCAAUUUUUAUUUAAUUUAUUUUUUUACAUGCCCGGUUGGAUGGUUUCACAUCACUGGUUCGCCCUGAAAACUGCAAAAGAAAACGCAUCUAGUCGAACGGCAGUUUUCAGACCUAUAACCCCUUUUAAUGAACUAAUUGAACAACCAGAUUGUCAGACGAGAAAAGGGAACAUUUUGUGCUUUUAUUUACAAUAACGCAGACUUUCCAUUUUUUUUCCAUCCUGCCUUACGCUACAAGUAUGAAUGUUGGGCCUGGCGUACCACGAGCGUAACGUUUCAGAAAGCCAUUGGACCUUCACGUCUCCGGAGGCCUGACGAACCACUUUUGUACUGUGGUGGAAAUGCACCAUUUCUCCCAGUUUGUGACGGCACUUGAGCCACAACAUUGUGAUUCCUAAUGUUAUGUGAUACUGAAAGUAUCGCAGUUGUGUACUGUAAAUCUAUUUGCCACUAAUCACGAUGUUGUGUCAGCAGUAAUAUACUGAAAUUAUAUAGUUUGGGACAAUUAAUUAAUAGAAGAACUCUGUUGAAUCAUGAAUGAAUUGCAUAACAUAAUUACACAAUUGUUUUGUAUACCUAAUUUUGAGAACAUUGGCUUUUCUCUCUCUCUCUCUCAUAUAUAAUUGCAUGUGAGUUAAUCAAAGCACUUCACUGGAACCAGGCUGUAUGAACAUUGGAGUGACUGGUUUUAUGUUAGAGGGUCCAAACCUGAGUGGGGGCUUCAGAGAUGAGAGGGGUGAUGAAGUACUACAGUCCUGAGGGAGAGUGACCCCAUAACCUUUUAGAAUAAUGAUGUCACAGACCACUAAUCGGGGCACGCAAUGAUGACAUUACAGUGUUUAACACUACAUCAAUAUUGCUGUACAUUAUAACUUUAUAAACCGUUGAUGUUGGAGUGUGUUGAUAUGUGAUCCAUCUCCCAAAACUGCUCUUCGCCAGUAUGUGUGUGGAUGUAUAUUUAGAUUUAUUUAUAUAUAUUUUUAUAUAUAGAAAUAUUUGUAUGUAUAUAUAUAUUCUUGUAUUAUAUAUAUAUGAAUAUUUAUAUAUAUUAAUAAAAAUAUAUCUUUAUAUAUUUAAAAAUAUAUAUAUUUAAAAAAAUAUAAAUAUAUGUAUACAUAUACUUUUUUUAAAUAUUUGUAUUAUUUAAUUCAUCAAUUAUUUUCAAGAAAUAAAUUGCUGUCUGUUAAAACUGCCGUGUUAAGUGAUGCACUCUCACAUGAUGGGUUCCAAAAGUACGCAUAUACUCUUUUUCUUUUGUUUUUUGGCUCCCUAAUCUUCACAGUCUGAAUGUAAAUUGAUAUUUUACACUGCUGAAAGUUGGACUAGAAAAUCUAAUGUCUUAUCUUUUUUGGCACAUGGCUCUGCUUCUCUUGGGUUUCAAUAGAAGUCUAAUCUGAUACUGUCCACAGCCUGUGGAGGAUCAUAUCUGCACCACAGAGUCAAACGGUGCAGAUAUUUCUCCUGUGGAAAGCUGUGGAGUACAAAUAAUGUGUCACUGUUUGAACUGCCUUGUAUUAUAUUGUUUACUGUGAAUGUCUUUUCCACAUAAAUGAUGUCUUUGUCUUAUUAUUACCCCUAAAAUGACCACUAAACAGCCUGAAAAUAAAAGUGCAGUUAUAAAACUAUCAUGUCUGCUGGUAUGAGUGCUUGUCUUUGCAACAAGAAAUAAAAAGAGUGCAUGCACAUUGGAAAAAUC